AUGACCGUCGCCCAAAUACCUCAAGUAAUCGUUAGCGAGUCGAUUCUUCCACGAAGAUACCAAGAAGAAAUCUUCCGUCGAGCACAGAAUAGCAAUGUUAUCGCAGCAUUAGAUACGGGCAGCGGGAAAACCUUCAUCAGCAUCCUGCUCAUAAAGUGGAUAGUGCUCCAGGAGAAAGCAAAACGAAAGGUCAUCGUUUUCCUUGUCCCGAAGGUAGCUCUCGUCAAGCAACAGGCAGAUUCCAUUGCUGCUCACACCCCAUUGCGCGUGAAGAUGUUUCACGGCUCGUUGGACCUUGAUCUUACCGAUCGGGCUAACUGGAAGAAAUCAUUCGAGCAAUCUGAUCUGACGGUCGCUGCAGCGCAGAUAUUCUUGAACAUACUCACACACUCUCACUGGAGUGUCGAGAAGGUCUCUCUCCUGAUUUUCGACGAAUGUCACCAUACCAGGAAAAACCAUGCUUAUAAUGGGAUUAUGCACGAAUAUUUUCAGACAAUUCCUUCGGACAGACCCAAAGUCUUUGGUAUGACAGCUUCACCUAUAUGGAAUCCAAAGGAUGCAGAAGGGUCUCUCGCAACAUUAGAGAAGAAUCUUGAUGCUACUGUUAUAGCUGUUCGCGAGCACGUAGAAGAGCUACAGGAAAAUAGCCCUCGCCCAGUUGAGGUGAUUAAAGAAUUUUCUCCGCCGAGUGAUACCUAUGACUACCUUUACCCUACUCUAUGGGAUUGUCUUUCACUUUUCACGAAUGCUGUUGAGAUCAACAUACCAGUCGACAAACUUCAUAUGAAGUAUCAAAUGACUCGGAAUAGUCUCGGGGCCUUCAGCGCUGAUUUAUUUCUCUACACGGACAUAAAGACACGUUUGAUCCAUUUUAUAGACGAACUAGAAUCCUCUCAAAACGAGACGUUUCUUGGUUUGGAUGGGUUUGAUCACCACAUAGAUGUUGACGAAUCAUCCGAAUCUGCACAAUCACAAUUUCCCGCCAUUUCUCCCGAUCUCGAGCAGAUCGAUGCCAUUCUGUCUGAGUUUCGUCCCUUCUUUGACAGCGGGACUGAAGUACCUGCAGUUCCUAUUCCUGUGCCUCUUGCGUGGUGUACGCCCAAGGUCAACGCCCUUGUCGAAGUUCUUCUUGAACACUACUCACCAACGUUCCAUGCAAUCGUGUUUGUGGAGCAACGCCAAGUCGCGGCAUGCCUCGCGAAGAUUCUUCCGUGUAUACCUGAACUGCGCGGUUACGUUCGAUGUGCAGAGCUCGUCGGGCAUGGUGCAAAUCAUGGACAUGGUCCUGUGGUGAAUUCCAAUGCAAGAGGUAUGGGCCUAGCGAGACAGCAAGAUACGGUCGAGUUAUUUCGUCAAGGCAAGCUAAACCUUCUUGUGGCAACCUCUGUCGCUGAGGAGGGCCUCCAUUUUCCUGCAUGUGAUAUUGUCGUUCGCUUUGACCCAAUUCAGCACAUGGUUGGUUAUGUGCAGUCUCGAGGACGUGCGCGCACAAAGACUUCCACUUUUGUCAUCAUGGCACAAAAGGAUCAUAGUGCGCAUCUUGUUCGGUAUAAUGCUUUCUUAAAGAGUGAACCCGAGCUCAAGCGCGUCUAUCAAACUCGCGAGGAACCUGCUGCUACUCGACUGGAUCCUGGAGAAGAUUCAGAAGAAGGUGAAGUCGAAGAAGACGAUCCAGCAGAUGUCGCAGUGCGCGAACGAUACAUUGUGCCAUCCACAGGAGCAGUACUAACCUACGACUCCGCGGUAAAUCUGCUGAACCAUCUUUGCUCGCUCAUUCCACAUGAUGCAUACACACCACCGCAGUUACCAAAAUACUCGGGUGACUACGCUGUGAUGCUAGAGCUUCCAUCAAGUCUUCCUCUGCCUAUCGAUCGACUUUUCUUUUCUGGACCAGAACGACGGUCAAAACGUGAAGCCAAGCGUGCUGUUGCUUUUUUGGCAGUGAAAGAGUUACAUAGACUAGAUGUGUUCGAUGAUUAUCUAUUACCCGCGACAAGUUCUAAAGGACGUGGCACGGAAGAUGCAGAUGGAAGAGGCAUCUUGGAUUUCAGCGACGUGCCUGAUCUGAUGGAUGUGCUAGUUAGGGACCCGUGGACGUUAGGAGCGAAACUUUACUUGCAUAUAGUCACAAUCGACGAUCAAGAUGUAGGGGGACUCGUCACGGGAACUUGCUUGCCGCCAGUCGAGUUCAAGAGCGAUGGUUCUACCAUUCAAUUGCGCUAUGACAGAGUUUUGCUAUUCGAUGAGGACGAGGAAUGGGAUCAACGGCGGAUGCUUAGCGAAUUCAUGAGAAUGGGAUUAUGGUUCUGUGUUACCGGAAGACCGGCUGAGCUCCCGUUCAGUUCUUUCCUGGUACCCCUCCUUCCUAACAAGCACAUCGACUUCGAGGUCGUGGAACGGGUAGCAUCAGAACCAUACGGUUCAUACGACUGGAGUGGUGCCUCUGAGAAAGAUUACAACCAUCUUAUGGUGAUGAACUCAAACCAAUAUGGUCGUGCCCUCGUCUUACGCAACAUACGGUAUGAUCUCACUCCACUUUCCACUACCCCACCGGGCUCUAAAGAGUCAGAGUAUCCCACCUACCGAGACUACUUUGUUCAAAGAUGGACGAGGAAAAAACGCGAAGCAUUUGUCCCGGAAAAUUCUUUCCUCAUCGAAGCCACCUAUCUUCCCCGUUGCCCGUCGAGCGUAUAUCGAGUCCGUGAACACCUGAUAGAUCUUGACCUAUGCAAACGCCAGAUUGCUCGCGCUGGCUUGCUCGUUCCUAAAGAUGCAUGUCGUCGCGUUCAUUUCUCAGAAGAUGUCUAUCGUGCCUUUCUACUGUUGCCUAAGUUGUGCCGCCGAGUUACCGAUGUUUAUCGCGCUCGACAAGAGCGAAUAGAGCUUGGCCUUCCUAUGAUCGCGGAAGACUUGCUUAUAGAGGCUUCGACGCUCCCUACUACCAGCCUGACAUUCAAUAAUCAGAGGCUGGAAACACUCGGAGACUCUGUGCUGAAGCUCGGUAGCACCGUUCAUAUCAUGAACAAGUAUCCUCACCGGCAUGAAGGUCAACUAUCCCAUCUACGACAGAAUAGUGUUUCAAACAGAACGUUGUUAUCUCGCGCCAAGGAAAUAGAGCUUGAGAGGUUUUUGAAUUCAGAGUCACAUAAUUUACACUUCUGGCGCUAUACUGUGCCUGAGGAUACGGAUUCCACGCUUUGUCGUAUUAGGAGGAGCACUCGACGAGAGUUUCCACGAAGAAGCUUACAAGACUGCAUGGAAGCCACGCUUGGUGCCGCAUUCGUUACUGGAGGGAUUGAUAUGGCUCUUCAAGCCGGCACUGCGCUAGGUCUGUCCUUUGGAGGCCCAAUCCCAUGGUCAUUAAAGUACAGCCGUCGACCAGAGUCGUCUCCUGCGCCCCAUUUGUUUGCUGACUUGCAAGAAAGUCUCUGUUAUGAGUUUCAUCGUGGUGAUCUGUUGGUAGAGGCGGCCACUCACCCGUCAUUUGCUACAUCAGCAAGCUCCUCAUAUCAGCGUUUAGAGUUUCUUGGGGAUGCUGUUAUUGAUCUCGUUGUCCUGAAUUAUCUGUAUCGCCGCUUUCCACAAGCCAAUUCGGGACAGCUAUCAGCAGCACGGUCUCGUGCUGUCUGUGGGCCAACGCUGGCGUCGAUCUCAGUUAGGCGGUUAUGCCUGCAUAAAAUCCUUCUUGUCAACAAUGUGGAGCUGAGUUCCGCCAUCAAUAGACAUGUUCCUAUUCUGGAAUCGACUUCCGUCGAAGAUAUCAUAAACAAAGGUUGGAAGUACGACCCUCCAAAGGCUUUAAGCGAUGUGCUAGAAAGUGUCGUCGGUGCUAUUUUCGUUGACUCGGCGUACAACUUUGAGAAAGUGGCUUCUGUAGUCGAACUGAUCAUGAGCGACGUUCUGGAGCUGCUCUCUCCCAACCUUCCUAAAGAUCCAGUCUCGGAGUUAAUGGUCUGGGCAGCUUCUUCCGGGUGCCGCAGAAUAAGUUUCCGGAAAACACAAAGUCAUGCAGAACUUCGGAGAAACGACAGCGUCUCGGUGGUUGUGCAUGAUGUUGUUGUUGCUGGCCCCAUCACCGCUUCCAACCUCUCAUUAUCUAAAGGAUUGGCUGCUGAACGGGCUCGUAUUUUAUUGGAUGACCACUCUUCCGACCAAUGUUUGACCAGUUUGUGCGACUGUAGCAUGGCUAUGAAACCUCAAGUGCCACAAGUCUCCCUGGCCAUACCUGACGAAAAUGACAUCUCAAAGCCUGUUUCAGAUGAAAACGAAGAGGGUUUUGCGACUAUCGCCCAACGCAAAUUAGAUGAGACUCGGACCGUUAACCCUGAAGAGUGCGAAGGUGAGGUGGACGCCGAGAUCGUCGUACAUGAAGGUCCAGAAUAG